AUGUACCUCUUACUCCUGGCUGUUACUGUUGGGCUUGCAGGUGCAUAUCCCUUGGAUGAUCAGAAGGAGUGCCAACCUCACUCAAGACCUUGGCAUGUGAGACUGAGUAAUGGAUGCAGCGGAGCUCUCAUUGAUGAAUGGUGGAUAUUGACUUCACAUGAGUGCAGUCCAAUACCCUAUGAGACUAUUGCAUCUCUUGGCGAACAUGACAUAAGUGUGGAGGAAGGCAGUGAGCAGCACAUCUUAGUUUCUGAUGUGAUUCUUCACAGCCCCUACCGCUCACCUUUGCACAGCCUCGCUAUGGUGCGAAUGUCUCAGCCUGCUGUCUUUAACAAAAAUGUCCAGCCUAUCCCACUGCCCACCCGCUGCCCACAGACCGGAGAGGUCUGCUCUGUCAGUGGCUGGGGCUCCACAGUCGCAAACCAAUAUUACCCCUCCUAUCGCCUCAAGUGUCUAACUGUUCCUGUGGUGGAUGAUAUGACUUGCUUGAAUACCUUCCCUCCAUACCUGUACUGGGGUGUCAUGGUUUGUGCUGGUCAAGCAAACACAGAUAACUGCCUGACGGGUAAAAGCAGCGUGAUGGUGUGUGCUGGUGAACUGCAGGGAUUGACAUGGUUCAAUCAUGGCUGCCAGGAUCCAGAUCACCCCACAGUUUACACCAGGAUGUGUAGUUACAAUAGCUGGAUCAAAGAAGUGAUGACCCAGUAUGCUCCACCAAAAACAACCCCUUCUUCCUGGACUACAUAG